UGCGGGCGAUGAAGAAGUGCACUGAAUAUUUUCAAUUUUUCUAAUGUCAGACCCCCAGUCAACUUAACAAUCGGUGACAUAUCAUUAAGAACCCACUCAACAGUAUCUACCGUUAUCUGACACGGUAAACGAUCGUGUCAGAUCAUGCAUCCCAUAGAAGUGGCAAUCCCGUCUUUUCGAUCGGAGGGCAGUAACGUGGAGAAGGGCUACACGGUUUUCAAGAUCGAGGUGCUGAUGUGUGGUAGACAGCAUACUGUUGAAAAACGAUACAGUGAAUUUCAUGCUCUACAUAAAAUGCUUAAAAAGAUUAUUAAAACUGCUGAAAUCCCUUCAAAACAUGUGAGGAACUGGGUGCCUAAGGUUCUUGAGCAGAGAAGACAGGGACUCGAACUCUAUCUUCAGGCUAUAAUCAUGGAAAAUGAGGUUCUUCCAAAGAUAUUCUUGGAUUUCCUCAAUAUCCGCCAUUUCCCGACAUUGCCAAAAACAGAGAGUUGCGGAUCAUUUGAAACUGAAUCAGAGGAAUCAAGUAAACUGACACACCAGCCAGCGCUGCUCUUCCAGAGGGAUCCAUAUCUGCUACCUACCACCAAUGAUACAUUUUCAAACAUGGUCAUUGAAGGUGUGAUCCGUGGAAUAUUCUAUCCAUACUUCCAGCCGAGGUAGAUCUCAGCGCUACAGACAAACAUCACCUCCGUUUCAUGGACAUAAAGGGAUUCAUAUAAGCAACACUAAAUCACGCAUCACCAGUUUAACAGACUCACUCGUCCUAGCCUUAAUAUUGUAUUUUGGUGUCUACACUCCAUGGCAUUUUUUGCCUAGUUUUAUGGUUUUGUCAAUAUGCAGGGAUUGAUUUUUAUUCCUUUUUAAUCAAGUGUCUCAUUUCAUCUUAGAUUGAAAUGUAAGCCAAAUACCUCGGCCUAAAUUUGCACAUCUGUAAUAAAAAACAAAACAACAUGUCGUAAUUUGAAACUAGGUUUGCAUGUAUCAUAUUUGAGGUCAGUACUGAAGGAUGUUUCGUCCACUGACUGUAUAUUACUCCAAAUUAUGUGACUUUUACAAAUAUAUCUGUUAGGAAUCAUGAGCGCUUUAAACACAUCUAGUGAAGAGCCUUGAACCUUCCCAUUAUGUUGCUGAUGUAUGUGAUCCACUAUGUAUGUAAUUUUCUUUAUAUUUUACAACUUUGUUUUGAUGUGACAAUUAUUGAUUACCAGCUUUGGUUUAUCAUGAAAAAAGGAACUAAUGAGUGAACCAAACCAGUGUAAAUGUCUAUAUGUUACUGCCCAAAACUGUGAAAAGAGUAAUUGUAAAAGUUACCUAGCUCAAUGCUAUUAUGGACCAAGGUAUGCCUUUCCGACAGAUUAUUUUCUUUGAAAAUGCAGUUUAGUCUUGGACUAACAUUAUUUAAAUAUAUUUAGGCAUUAACUGAAAUGUGUACAAUGCUAGCGAUCAUGUAAACACUAGCUUUUCAAAGCUUUAACACUAGUGCUUGAAAAAGUAGUGAAGGUAAUGUCAUUUGAGAGGUAAUAUGAUUUACAACUUUAGUUAAGGUGGUCUUUUGUUAAUCGUUUUGCUGACAGUGAAACUGACGCUGGAUUUAUAAGGUUAUAUAUCCAGAUACCAUUUCAAGCAGAUCUAUUUUUAGUGUUUGUUUUCUUUAAUAUGUCUUAAAUUUGUGU